GUAAUGGACCCAGGUUUACCAACUCUGAGAAGCCCCUCAGGGCAUCCAAGUCAUCAGAGACCUUCAACACCCUCAUCGAGAUCUGGUUUCCAUGUUCCCAUAGAACCUAUGGCACUGUCAGAUAAAUAUGGCGGUAAACAAACUGGCCCUGUAGCUCCAAGGAAGCGGCGAAAGGAACGCACUCAGUACUCUGCAAAACAAAAGUCCGUGCUGCAAGAACAUUUUGCUGAGUGCCAGUACCCAGACAAGAAACAGUGUUUGGAGCUGGCAUCCUUGGUUCGUGUGACAGAGAAGGAGAUCAAGGUCUGGUUCAAGAACAACCGGGCUAAGUGCAAACAGAAGAACGUUCCAGAAGCACUGCCAGAGAAAAAUGGAGGCCCUGAAGCUGUUUCUGGGUCAACUGAUUUUCCUGGUUCCAUAGCUGUUGUUGGUUGUGACCAGGGAGAGCCCAUGGCCACAGCCAUUCUGGAUGUGGAUUCCACUCCCAAACUGAACUGCAGCCAGGAGUCUUCUCUGGAUGGAAAUUGGACCUAUGAUGGUGCCAUGUGUUGUCUGCCAGAAGACGUGCUUGACAGUAAUGACCCUGUCACUGCUGGAGACUCUGGUGUAUCAGCACCAGUUGAAGCCCAGGCUGACCUUGCAGCAGCUGGAGCUCCAGUUGCCAUGGCAGUUGACACCCAAAGGCCAGAGGAGUGUGAGGAUUUACCUCCAUUGGACGAAGGGGUCUGGCAAUGGAUGCUUGAAGACUUUCACCAAUUGGAAGACUGGUUUACCAAGAACUACAUUGAGAGUCCUAGCAGUACUUCUCACCCCCUUGACUAGUUUAGACGUUUAUAUCUAUGAAGAAGCAUGUUAAUGGACACACUUAAGCCCUGAAUUUGGGGAAAUUUCACAAGUCUAUAUGCAUUAGUUUCAUGCCACUGUGAUUAUAAUGUGAGGUCAUUUCAAAAGUUAUUGAAAAUGUGCAUUCCUUAUUGUUGGAUUAUAUGUUCUCUAAUAAAACAAACAUUACUGCAAAACUAAAAAAAAAAAAAAAAAAAAAG